UUAUGUACUACUUUUCGUAUGUUUGACAAGCAAAUAGUGAAACAAAUUCUAUUCUUUACAAAGGCAUUUACAGACAAGAUAGGACUUACAUAAGGCAAGUCUCUACAUGCAAAUGUACCUGAUAUGGCUUAUGUGGACAGGUUACUCGCUUUUGUCAAAUAUGGUGUAGCUCUAUAUUUGACAAUCACAUAUCAUCCUGAUCAGAAAAAUGGAAAUUAAAACAAAUGAGAUAAACCCAUCGAAGAGCUGUGAUUUGACAAGAGGGCAUGAACACUACCUCAGUCAUAUAUUAUUAUUGGAAAAAGCUUCGCCCAUCGCAUUGAAGGCCAUUAUAAAAAGAGAAGAGAAAAAAUUUGGAAAAGAUAUUGGGAUUUUGCUAAUUGAGAAUAAAGAUACGUUUAAAGCCCAGUACGAAAUAGAGUAUCUUCAAUUAUUUCAAAGAGAAGAUGUCAAUGACGACAUUGAUACGUGGGACACUCUUCAAUUGUGUGCUGUAACAUUUGCUUUGUUUAAAUCUGAUCUAACUGAACCAGAAGUUAAAGCCAUUCAAUGUAUAUAUGAUCAGAGGAAAGAUAUUGAACAUUACGUAGAAUGUGCCUCCCUAACAUACAAUACCUACAAGGAGAAACAAUAUUUAUUGCACAACCAAUUACUUGAGUUAAUAACGCUCAUAGACGACCAAGCUAAUCUUGAUUGUAAACGUAUGGUGUUUUCAUUUCAAUCAAAAUCAAUAAAAUUAAGCGAAUCACAGAUAGGCAAACUAACACAGACAGAUGACAUUAACACUCAUCUUAAAAUUGCAAUAGAAGAAGAUGUCGUAACAGAAAACGUUAUCAUUGGCGAAGAGAACGAUCAACAGUUCCAGACAAAUGUGACACGGACAGAUGACAUUAACACUCAUCUUAAAAUUUCAAUAGAAGAAGCUGUCGUAACAGAAAACGUUAUCAUUGGCGAAGAGAACGAUCAACAGCUCCAGACAAAUGGCCAAAUGUUCACUGAAGAACUUCAGAACAAAUCUGUCUACGUCAAUGAUUCAGCUGUUUUGACAUGUAAACUGAACAUUCCAACAGAUGAAAAUGUUGAGUGGAGGAAAGAUAACAAGCCGGUUGAAACUUCAAACAAUUUAAUGGUCAUGAGCAAGAAUGGCAAUCACUGGUUAGCGAUUUCCCGUGCAUCAUUGGAAGAUCUGGGUCAAUAUACGUGUAUAUUUGGCCAUAUUUCAACAUCCGCUGAUCUUACUGUUAUAGAUGAGGCAUUACGUGUGGUCGUUGAUUUGCCUGUCAAGAUUGAAGUUAUUGAGCAUGGAAACAUUGAUAUAGAAUGUAAGGUGAACCUGCUAUCGAGUAAACCUAUUUGGCGACACAAAGGGGAAAGUCUACAAUCAUCUUGUAGAAAGGUUAUACUAGCCAAGGGUAAUACACAUAAAUUGAUGAUCACGAAUGUAACAUUACACGACGAGGGUGAAUAUAUAGUUGACUUUGGGAAUGUCUCAUCUAAAACAACAGUUCAAAUACAAGGGGAAACAGACCUUAUCCACAGAAAACAGAUAAAACACGAAUUGUACAGAAAUUGGAUGAGAGGCGCUCUAGCGUUAAAAUAUUUGAAAAUCGGUUUAGAGGGGUUUUCCGACAAGGUUGCUACUAAACAACAUAAUGAUCUAAUGAAAACUAUUGGAAAUACAUGCAACACUUGUACAGAGAGAAGUCUUCUCCCACAUAAACAAGAUCAAUGCCCACGGCAAGGAAAACAUCAAUGUUUAUGUACUAAGAGUCAGAAAAACAAGUCAAGACAAAUGUGUCCAAAUGGGGGAUUUUGUGGCAACGUUUAUAAUCGAAUAGUUUGUAAACAUCGCUUUCAAAAUCCAUCAUUCACGAACACGGAUGUCUUGAAAUGGAGCAGCGAUCCAUGGAGUGUUGCUACAUGCUUUAUAAAUACUACUGGCUACAAAGGCAAACAAUCAGCUAAAGAUAUCGACUGCUCUGGUUUACUUAGUAUGUGUAUAAACACAGUUGAUAUAGAAAAGAUGCUUGGAGAAUGUAUCAUCGAUGGGAAAAUAGAUGCGUUUGCACAGGAGAGCUGUGAUAUCACUAGAGGGCAUGAACACUACCUUUGUCUUAUAUUAUUACUGGAACAAGCUUCACCCAUCACAUUGAAGGCCAUAAUUAAAAGGGAAGAGAAGAAAUGUGGAAAAAGUAUUGGUACUUUGCUAAAUGAGAAUAGAGAUGCGUUUAAAACCCAGUACGAAACAGAGUUUCUUCAAUUAAUUCAAGAGGAUGAUGUCAAUGACGACAUUGAUACGUGGGACACACUUCAAUUAUGUGCUGUGACAUUAGGUUUGUUUAAAUCUGAUCUAACUGAACCAGAAGUUAAAGCCGUUCAAUGUAUAUAUGAUCAGAGGAAAGAUAUUGAACAGUACACCGAAUGUGCCUCCCUAACAUUUAAUACUUACAACGAGAAACAGCAUUUAUUGCAUGAUCAAUUACUCGAAUUGAUAACGCUCAAAGACGACCAAGCCAAUCUCAAUUGUAAACGUAUGAUGUUUUCAUUUUAA